ACGUUAUUCUGAAAUCUUCUGGACAUACUGCAUCUUCUUGCUGAAGUCAACUUUGACCGAAAAACAUGACAUCCUAAUCAUCAAGCUAAAGUUUCUGGGCUCUCAGGGAACACAAUAUGCAGCAGGAGUCUCUGUGCAUGUGCAACGUGAAACACAAUCCUUCCUCCUCCUGCUGCCACAUUGAGAGCUGCUGGCAGUCCUGAGCAGUGUUAACAUCCAUGUUCCUCUACAUGCUCAUCUACGUGGCGUAUCACAGCAGCAGAUGGAUACCGAGGAGUCAGAGGUUAAAAUUUCAAAUAGUGAAUGCAGUGUUCACGGUGCUCGUCCUGGCCCCUCAGUUCUACGUCCUGGGAAGGCCCAAAUCCUCACGAUACUGCAGACAUCCUCUUUUGAACAACCUGUCGGCCUCCAUCGCUUUGUCCUUCAUAGCUUCAGGUUUUUCAGUGGUAUUCACAUUGAUAGACCCAGUUCCUCAAAGCCUGUGGGCGUCCUAUCAUGUGUUUGGAUUACUGUCAUGUGGACACGGUCUGUGCACGACCAUCCUGACUCUGACAGCAGCAGCAUGUGUCAAAACCACCCCUGAGCUGUACUACAUGUCCCUUAUUCUAACAGUGGCUUCUAUUUUCAGCACAGGUAUUUUCAUGGUGAGAGGGGGACUCAGGUUGACCAACAGGCUGUCUGUCACGGAUCCGAACAGAAACAAUGAGCGAUAAAGCAAACCAGCUGUUCCACGCUGACAUGCGAUACUCCACAUAUUAAGAUUUCAUGUGGUUUCAGCAGCUUGUAACUUAAAACCAUGGGAACAAAAAAAAGGGAAAGUGACUUAAUCCUGUUUUCCAGUCCACUUCAGAGACAUACCACUAAGCAGAUGUUCGACUCAAUUGUUAAAGCUGUUUGAUUUUUUUUAUUUGGUGAUGGACAAUGUACAUGUGCUUGAUUUGCUCAUAAAUAUAUUUGGUGUAUGAUUAUACAAAGAGCUACAUGUGUUAAGUCUGUAUACAGUACCGAGUGAUGUAUAUCAUUGGAAAAAUAAAGCUAAACAAAACAGAUCAUGGCAGUAAAAUCAAAGGGUAACACUUGUAUGAAACUAGGAUGUCAAGGUUGUGAUAUUAAAAAAGAACAGAUGCUGUUUAAAAAGGCAUUUCAUUCUUAUCAUCUUAAGAGAAGGUAUCUUAAAAAAUAAAAACAAAAAACAACCAGUGCAAAUUGUGAAGUAGCCAUAUGACUGAUUUUUUCCAACUGCCAGAAUGAAUAAUACUCUUCAGAUCAUACAUAUUACUAUCAAAUCAGUCUGGUAUCAUCUCUAAUAAGCCAAACUUUAAAACCAUAGGAAAAUUAUAGAUAUGGAAAAAAAAAAAAAAAAAAAAAAAAAA